AUGGGAGAAAACGCGGACGGCGCACGUUGUGCCGCCCACGGAGCGCGCCAUGGACGACGAGGGUCGGUGGAGAUCGAGGAACUCUUCGCUCUGCUCAACCAAAGGCAGGAAACGGGAGGCGAGGCUGAAGGGCACGGGCCCAACGAAGAAGGCGCGGGUCGUGAUGGAGUUGGUGCUAGCCCCGAUCAGAACGUUCGACCAAUCAACGAGGUGACGUCUUCCGGCAUGUUUGGGCUGGACGGACCGCCAGACGUGGCGGAUGUCGAGCUGCGCAUGCUGAGUGUGGCGAGGAAGGACUUCGGCAAGGUCGAGCGCGUUGCCCGCUCGAUGACCGCGCAAAGGUUAGCGGCGGCGAGGUCGAGUUGGAGCUCGGGCAAGACGACCGAUGAGGGCGUGAAGGAGCUUCUCAGGAGCCUCUCGCUGUACGGCCACCGGCAACCCAUGUCGAGAGAGGUUCGGCUCAAUAUGCGGCGGAAAAUCCAGUCGCUCAUCGUUGGCUACGGCGUUCCGGCCAUCUGGUUCACCAUCAACCCAAACGACAUUACGAACCCGGUGAAGCUGCGACUGGCGGCAUAUCGGACACGCGAUCCCGGCGCGGCCGAGGAGUUCCUAGAAGGCCUUGGGAGUGCGUACAAGCGGACAAGGCUGGCCAUGUCCGAUCCGAUGAGCGCCGCCGUAUUCUUCCACCGGGAGAUGAAGCUGUUCUUCGAUCAUUACGUGAAGGUCGGAGAAGAGUCGGUAUUCGGGCGCAUCGGCAAGUACUAUGGCGCUGUGGAGACCAACGAACGAGGGCGCUUCAUGUUCACGGCUUGCUCUGGUUGCACGGAAACGCGCAUCUCAGCUCGAUGCUUGCCGACAUCCACGGGGAGGAUCAGGCGGCGUAUCGCGAGCGAAUCAUACGAUACGUCGAUAGUGUCUUCUCCGAGGAUCUGGAUCAGGAAGGGUUCUGCGCCGUGCAAGCGGAGCGAUCUGUGA